CCUGGGCAGAAAACAACGAGAGGAGGAGCCGGAGGAUAGAGGGAAAGGAUCAGUCCAGGCGACUAUGGAGAAAGAAGGGGAAGAGGGGUGAACGAGAUCUUUUGGAAGCCACGAGAGCAUGUCGAAAAAUCUGUAGAUCAAAAGCAACCACGGCAGCAGCCUUGUAGAUCGGCGAACCAAGGCAGGUUGGGAGAGACUGCAGGACAUAAGCCUUUGAUCCGCGGAAACGAGUGUUAACGCUUCUGAAUUGUUUGGACGUGAGAGACCAAGUAGAAAACACACAGAGAGAAGGUAACUCAGUAUGAGUCGAGAUGGAUGGAGGAAGAAAGCCAGCUCUGACGAUGGUUGGGGUGGAAGGGGAGGCUACAUGGCAGCUAAGGUGUCUAAGUUGGAGGAGCAGUUUCAGUGCGACGCCCCUCGAGAGAAGCAGAAAGACGGACACUGCUCCAGAAUAUUCAGCGGCGUGGCCAUCUACGUCAACGGAUACACAGACCCCAGUGCAGAUGAGUUGCGCAGGCUGAUGAUGCUUCACGGGGGCCAGUUCCACGUCUACUACUCGCGCUCCAAGACCACGCACAUCAUCGCCACCAACCUGCCCAACAGCAAGAUCACAGAGCUGCGCGGCGAGAAGGUGGUGCGGCCCGAGUGGAUCACCGACAGCAUCAAAGCGGGCCGUCAGCUCUCCUACCUCCAAUACCAGCUGUAUGCCAAGCAGAAGGGCCUGAACUUCCCCAGCAUCUGUCUGCGCAAGCUGGACCAGCACGACCUCGCCGCAGCCGCCAGCCCCCAGCACACCUCCACCUCCACCACCAACACCUCCAGCCCCAGGGACGACCUGCCACACAAGCCCAGCCACGGGCCUCCCAAACCCAGCCAUGCAGGCUCUGCAGCCACCCUCUCUCUCCUGGAGCCUCCUGGAGCAGAGGAGCCGAGCCUGGGGUCUUCUCGGCUGGCUGCAGCUGGUGGGGGUGGAGGUGUGCUGGCGUCCAGUCACAAGGAACUGGAGCUCAGAGUAAACGGCACUCUACGGAACCCCAAAGGAGGAGGCGGGGUCAAACUGAACGGCCUCCAUGAUGACAACCAAUGGGAACAUCAUUCCUCACCCAGUGGGCGGACCAAAGAGUCACCUCUGACCAAUGGCCACGCUCACUCACCCUUCAACGGUGCCUUAAAGCAUACGGACACGGGCCCUGGCUCUUCUGUCCCCGAGCGUUUGUCUGUCCCCCUGGAUGAACCGGGGGACCCUGGCAUUGCUGUAAGCCCAGAAACGGACCCCUACGCCGGGCCCAGGACUCCCAGUCCCAUCCCCUCUUACCAACCUCCCCGCGUCUCUCCUGUUACUCAGCAACACAAACACAACGACUCGGAUUCAUCCAUUAGUCAGCUCCAAGUCCCACCCCUGCCAACUCCAACCAAUCAGAAUGCGUCCCCUGCCACCACCACCACUUCUCCUGACCUAUCAAAGCCCCUCAAGCAGCAACAGGGAGGAGCUAGCAGUAAAGGAGUCCGGCUCAAUGGCAGUCAUCACCACAGCAUCACCACCCAAAGCCACGCCCCACAACAUGACCACAGCAACAUGGACCAAUCGGGAAAGCCGGCAGCACGCGCGGGCGAGCGGGAGGGCGGCAUCAUCUCUGAGUUCUACUCGUACUCUCGGCUGCACCACAUCUCCACGUGGCGGAGCGAGUUCGCAGAGUACGUCAACUCCCUGCAGGGACGCCGGCGCUCAGCAGGGGGCGCCGUCUUCGCCGGCAAGGAGAAGCUCAAGAGACUCCGCGCCCAGCGCACCUCAGGUGUGUCCAGUAUGCCGGCUCCUCAGGUGAGGCAGUCUUGUAUCCUGCAUGUGGACAUGGACUGCUUCUUCGUGUCGGUGGGAAUCAGACACCGGCCCGAACUACAAGGGAAGCCGGUGGCGGUGACUAGUAACCGUGGUCCUGGUCGCGUGGCCCAGAGGCCCGGUGCCAACCCCCACCUGGAGCUGCAGCUCUGCCUGCAGAUGCACAACCGCUACCAGCCAGGCAAGAUUGGCGGUGACCUUGAGAUGACCCCGUCCCCGGAGGACACAGAGUCCAGUAACCAUGGCAACGGGUUGCUGGGCGAGGAUCUGGCCUCACUCUCCAUGGCCGAGGUGGCCUCCUGCAGUUACGAGGCCAGGCAAGCGGGCGUGAAGAAUGGCAUGUACUUUGGCCAGGCCAAGAAGCUGUGCCCAGAGCUGAGAGCCGUGCCCUAUGACUUCCAGGCCUACAAGGAGGUGGCACUCGCCAUGUACGAGACCCUGGCCAGCUACACGCACCACAUCGAGGCCCUGAGCUGUGACGAGGCGCUGCUCGAUGCCACCGCCCUACUGGCUGAGGUGGGUGUGACGCCUGACGAGCUGGCCUCCGCCAUCCGAGCCGACGUCAAGGAGAGGACUGGCUGCUCCGCCUCCGUGGGAAUGGGCUCCAACAUCCUGCUGGCGCGUAUGGCCACCCGGAGGGCCAAGCCCAAUGGCCACCACCUGCUGCGGCCAGAGGAGGUGGACGACUUCAUACGGGACCAGUCGGUCAACAGCCUUCCAGGUGUGGGCCGCUCCAUGGGUGGCAAGCUGGCCUCGCUGGGCGUGAGUUCGUGUGGCGACCUGCAGCAGGUGUCCAUGGCCCGGCUGCAGCGCGAGUUCGGCCCGCGCACGGGCCAGACGCUGUUCCGCUUCUGCCGUGGCCUGGACGACCGGCCCGUGCGGCCCGAGAAGGAGAGGAAAUCUGUCUCUGCGGAGAUGAACUACAACAUUCGCUUCACCAAGGUGGAUGAGGCAGAGUCCUUCCUGACCAACUUGUCCAUGGAGGUCCAGAAGCGACUGCAGGGGGCGGGGCUUAAAGGUCGCAGGGUCACGCUCAAGGUCAUGAUGCGGAAGGCCGGAGCCCCCCUGGAGCCUGCCAAGUAUGGGGGACACGGAGCCUGCGACAACCUUGCCAGGUCGGUGACGCUGGGCCAGGCCACAGAUGAGGGCCAGGUGAUUGCCCAGGAGGCCAUCAAGCUCUUCCACGCCAUGCGCCUGGAGGUGUCGGACAUGCGGGGCGUGGGCCUGCAGGUGCAGCUGCUGGACGGGGGACCGCAGGCCCCCCCACCGGACACCCGCCGCACCAUCAGGGACCUGCUGCAGGCCAGACGGGCCACCUCUACUGCCACUAAUGCCACUGCACCUCCACCCACUGUCACCGCAUCUGAUGCAGCCAACGCCAGCAGUGACUCCAGUAGCAUUCCGUCGACCAGUGCGGGGCAGUCAGGUGCAGAUGCAGUAGCCAGUGGUUUUUCCUCAGGGGCAUUCUCCAAUCAAGCCUCCACUUCCUCCUUUAUGGUCCCGCCCUCCCCCUGGUCUGAGCCAAUGCCCAGCACUAGUAAAGGAGAGCCGCCGCCGCCUCCCCGCACUCCAAACCACGCACGCUCACGACUCAACCUCACCAUAGAAGUGCCCUCACCCUCUCAGGUGGACCGCUCGGUGCUGGAGGCCCUUCCUCCAGAGCUGAGGGAGCAGGUGGAGAGGACGUGGAGCAGGAGAGACGAGGAGCAGCCUGCCACCUCCUCCUCCUCCUCCUCUGCCAACGCCUCCCUGCAUCCCUCCUCCUCCUCUUCUCUACACCCACCUCCUCCCCCGAUGGCCUCCGCCUGCUCCUCCCCGCCGCCUCCCGAGCCUCCCCCGCACCCUCCCCCUCCGCCGGGCACGCUGCUCCUGCAGAUCCCCAACCAGCCUGGCCAGCCAGGCACCACGGGCAUCAUCCUGGCACUGCCCGACUUCUCACAGGUGGACCCAGAGGUGUUUGCUGCCCUUCCCAAAGAGCUACAGGAUGAGCUGCGCUCUGCUUAUAACCGCAGAGAGGGUGGCCAACCGCAAGCAGCCGUGGUGGAGCCUAAGAACCCUCUGCUCCAGCUGAAGCAGUCUGGUGCGGCUGGCAAGACCAAGCGGCGCUACAAGAGGCGAGCAGCAGUGGGCAGCCCUGCCAAGAAGGGCCCCAGCCCCCUCAAACGCCCAGCCACCAGCCCUGCCAAGGCCAGCCCCGCCAAGCUGCCCCCUCCACCACCACCCGCAUACCGCCUCAAAGACGACCCCAUUGGCCUCAAGAUGGAGAAUGGGCCAUCGUCAUCAUCGUCCUCAUCUGUGAAGGCGGACGUGCCAGAGGUGUUGUCCAAGUUCAUUCCCCGCCCUGUGCCCACACUGGCUGGAGCCUGCGAGCUGAGCGACAUCAGGACCCUCCUACGGGAGUGGGUCACAACCAUCACAGAGCCCAUGGAGGAGGACAUCCUGCAGGUGGUGAAAUACUGCACUGAGCUGGUGGAGGACAAAGACCUCGAGAAACUCGACAUCAUCAUAAAAUAUAUGAAGAGGUUGAUGCAGCAGUCCACUGAGUCUGUGUGGAGUAUGGCCUUUGACUUCAUCCUGGACAAUGUGCAGGUUGUAGUGCAGCAAACCUACGGCAGCACCUUGAAGAUCACGUAGAAGCAAGAGACGGUGUCAAUCCCGGGUUCCGAAUAUUAUUAAAAACCCCUGUCUGCCACAAGUUUGAUCCAACCAGAUGAUCGUAAUGACUGGGGGACGGUUACUCGAGUGAAAUCACUGGUGUUGCAAGGAAACUGUUGCAGGGUUGGGUUUUAUUUUACUUCUGAACCGGAUAUUUGUCACCUUUGUGGACUGAGUGAAUGUCCUCUGUGCCACAGCAGUCUACCUGGCCUGCCCUACCCUGCCCUGCCUGUCUCCCUCACUGUGACAUCAGCCCAACGCAGCCCAACGUCCAACAUGGACAUCGGACCAUGCAUCACAACUGCUCACUUCCAGUCGUCACAUGUACCUCUCUCUCUCUCUCUCUCUCUCUCUCUCUCUCUCUCUCUCACUCACACUCUCUCUCUCUCUCUCUCUCUCUCUCUCUCUCACUCACACUCUCUCUCCUUGACAUCAGAAUGUCUCAGUUUGACAUCAUGCCGUGAUGAUGUCAGUGUUCAGUUACCACGACGCCCAAGGUCGGGUUAUGUUUUUGAAUAAUAGAAAAAAGAAAAUAAAAACAGUAAUCAUCCCACUGGUGGGGUUGAAGAAUCUCUCUCUCUCCCGUGCAGAGACCUACCUGCUAUGUUGAUGUCAUUGAAACUGUGCAGACCUCAGUAAUACCUGUGACGCAUUGGCACUUACUUUAGACCAGAGCUGACGUCCACAAUACAGCCGGUAAUGGCCCUAAGCGUUCACAUUUCUUUUCUAACUCUAAACUUAGUAACAUAUGUGAACUGCAUUGAGGCCAUUGAAUGCCCGAUCGGUAAUAAAAGCACUUCUAUUGGCCAGCAGUAAUCUGAUGGAAAGUUGGAAAUGUAUGUUAUGUACAAGUCCGAUUCACGUAGUUUUCCUUUUUCUUUCUUUGUUAGUUCUUGUAUUUUGUCCCUGUUCACACCUUCUUUGGUUGGACUGACAACCUCUUCUUUCUCUGUGUUUCUGUGUGUUUGAUCUGUGUGCCAUGACAGUUUUGGCUGAAAACAGGUAGCAACAUGAAAUUGAAAUUACACUUUGCUUUCUGAAAAGCGCCCACUUUUGGGUUUUAUACAGAUUGCAAAACAAAGCAUUUAGCAUUUUGACUUACUAAUAGAGAAGUGCCAAACUUGUCAUCAAAGCAUGUACAUAACUGACUCAAAAGAAAGUAAGCUACAUUUACAUAUAACUAUAUCAGAGUUUGUUUCUAUACAGAAUUUCGUUUGUUUUGAAAGUAUUGUUUACAACUUUGCAAAAGGUUUGCAUUUUUUAUAUUUCACAAGCAUUUGCAGGUGUGUUUGUGCGUGUUCAUGCAUUUUAACAAUGCAGUCACUGUUCAAAAACUUAGUUUGCUUGUUCUUGUCUCAGAAAAAAAACACUUUUUUCCUACACGUGACAAAAUGAUGUAAAAAUGAUGGCGUUAUAACGGGUUAUGAAAGGUUUUACUUUUCAAACCAUACAUCCUAUUUACAUUGCAGCCGGAAUGUAUUUGAAACACGCAUUACUCUUUCAGUUCUAACGGCUCAGCUUUCAUUCCAUACAUUCAGUUUAAUCUCUACAGGAAAUUGACCCACCAUGUUCUGUACGACACUUCUUUUCGCGUUUUCUGCGUUUAAAGAGACUUUACUCACAUGAGAAGGGUCUAGAUGUCUUUUAUUGGUCAGUAAAACUGUCUUUAUCACUACUGACCCGUGCCUGAAGACCUGAAGCUGUGACAUUAUUUGUAUGUUUUUUCUAACGUAACUUGCUAAUAAACUUGUUGGAACUCUGCUA